AACUCGUAGCAAACUUUCAUCUUCUUACCUCUUUCUUGCUGAAUCUUGAAAGUCUGGUAAAGAUGGUCGCCGGAAAGUCGCCAGAGCCUCUUCCGGCCGGCUGGUCCGAGCAUGUUAAAGUUAAAAACGGUCGGAAAGUCAAGUAUUAUACAAAUGCACCAAACGGGAAAAAAUUUUAUUCCAAAAAGGAUGUCAUCUGCUAUAUGAAGAUUAAAGGCAAUUCCCGUGGUCAAAACCGGGCAAUUGCUCAGCGUGAGACCAGGCACUCAGAAAGAAAUACUAAUUCACAAAGUUCGAAGACUGCAGCGAAUCCAGAUAAAUCUCCCGAAUGGUUACCUCCUGGAUGGACGGUUGAGGAGAAAACUCGAAUGAGUGGCGUUUCCCAUGGUCAAACUUACAUGUGUUACAUUGACCCAUUUGGAAGGAGAUUCUAUUCAAAGCCUGAAGUUUCUCGGCAUCUCAAAACUAUGAAUUGCAAUGGCCCUAUUGGCGUUGGCGAGGAAAAGAAAAGUAACAUUGAAGAACCCUCUUGCAAUAAAGUUUCUCAAAACGAGAAAGCCACCGGUGGCCAGAGUCAUACCUCUAGAAAGCUGAGAUCUGGAAUGGGCAAGCAACCUUCCGAUAUUGGUUCUUCUGUUGUGGUUCAAAGCGAUUUAGUGGAUGGGUUGCCACCGAGCUGGAUAAAGGAAGUCAAAACUAGAGCUUAUGCACAUGGGGGGAUAAGAAGGGAUCCGCAAUAUAUAGACCCUGUCAGUGGAUAUGUAUUUCAUUCCAAGAAGGAUGCUUUGCGCUAUAUAGAAACUGGUGACAUCGAGAAGUGUGCAAUAAGGCCCAAGAAAAGGGACUCGGGUUCAGGAACCAAUGAAGAAUCUGCUUCCCAUUCAGCUGCUGAAAGGAAAGCGGAGCAGUCUUCGACCAAAAGACAGAUUUUUGCUGGUAGAGAAAGUUCUGAACCCACCAAUUUGACAGAACCGCAAGUUGAAAGCAUUAAGAAAAGACUGCGUAGCGCUGGGCGUGAUGACAUUAAUAUUCAAGUGGUUGAAGUUAAAACAGAACUCAAAACCGCAAAUGAAGGUACUGGAACAAAACCGGGCUCAGAAGCAAGACCGAGUGAUCUAAAUGGAGAGAUUAGCGUUUCAGCUUUUGGCAAUGAUGUUGAAACUGUGUCCACUCCUCAAUCUGGUCUCGAGAAGGAUAAACAUAGCGGUACAGCAUCCAUAACUAAGUCGAGAAAAUCCAGAAAGAGCAAAGCUGGAAGCAAGAAGGAAAAGCAUAGUGGUACAACAUCUGUAACUAAGCCGAGAAAAUCCAGAAAGGACAAAUCUCUUGGCUCACCUGCUCGGUUCUCAAAAAGACUUGCUGGGCACAGCCCAGAAGAAGUGGCCAAUUUGGGCCUAGGUGAACGGGUUUUUCGAGCUGCCAUUAGAAACUGUAGUGGAACCAAAGCAAAUACAUCCUCGGUCCAAGUCCCGGUGGAUCCACCUCAGGAAAUGCUUGCUGUUAGGGAUUCUGUCGGGACUGAAACAAACGCAUCUUUGGUCCCACCUCUAAGCAACAAUCCACCUCAAGAAGUGCGUUCUGCAACGAAUUCUAGUGGAACUGAAGCAAAUGCAUCUUUGGCUCCCCCAUCUCUAAUCAAUCCACCCCGAGAAGUAGAUUCUGUGAAGAAUUCUGGUGGAACUGAAGCAGAUGCAUCUCCGGUUCCAGCCCCGAAUAAUCUCUCGGAUCAAGAAAUGCCUAAGCAACACGACGAGCCAACAAAGGCAACUGAAUCAGUAGAGAAAGAGGCUGUUUCAGAGAAUCCAAUACCAGAACCAGUAACCGAGAACCAAACAUUGGAAGAUUCACAACUUCGGUACCCCUUCGGGGACUGCUGGUCAGACCCAUGCCUAGAAUUCGCGUUCAAAACCCUAACAGGGGCAAUACCAGUCGAGGACUGUCUAGCCUACGAGCAAGCCCCCCAGCCGCAAUUCAACCCUUCAUAUGCUCAGUCAUCGGAUGGAUACUUUGAUCUCCCGAUAUUCGAUUCCUACAACUUGUUCCCAAACGAUUUCCCAUCAUCCAAUUCUGGACAACUAGACAAGCACGCAUCUCAGGAUCUACCGCCAUCAACUCCUCCGUUAUUGUCCCCCGGGAAUAAUGGCUUACCGAGCUGCAGUGGAGUUGCUUCGCAGCCUCAUUUGGAGCCCCGGAAGGACUUUCCUGCAAAGGCUAAAUCUUGACGUACUCACCUUCUGAUCGAUGACAAGGGGAUGUUAAUGGUGUAAUGGUGUAAGCAAUAAUUGAUAACUAGUUUACUUGUUCAUCUUUUGUUGUUUAACAUGGUGUAGUGACAGGGAUAAAUGUAGUGUAAUACUGGGAUAGUGUCAGUUUCAGGUUGUCUAAAGAUUUAUUAAUUAGGUCGAAAAAUUGUUGUGAAAGAUUUAGCUUGUUGUCGUGUUGACAGGCGGAUGCUGCUUGUAUAAAACACAGAAAACAUAGUUCCUUGUACUUUACUUUAGAGCA